CAAUAUACUUGGCGGCACGGUUGGCGCUAUGGCCUCGCACCUCCUCCACCUCCAGGGUCUGGGUUCGAUUCCUGCCUCAGUUUCCAAAUGACGCUCUUCUGUCAUGGCUUGCCUUUGCCCCUGCGCUUGGCUUGUCGGAGAAAGUGGAGAGUGCACAAGUGUGAAUAUAGCCGUCGCUGGUGGAAGCCAAACCAGCCUCAGCUUGGUUUCUGCUCCGGCUCUUCUCCUUUAUCGCCAGACUGCCAUAGAAGAAGCACGAAGCAAUCAUCUUUGCAGCCGAACCAAGAAGAACCACACACUCCAGUUCUGCUGAAAGAGGUCCUUCAAUACAUGGACAUUAAACCCGGCCAGGUUGUCUUAGAUAUGACCUUCGGCGGUGGAGGUCACAGCAAGGCCAUCCUGAGAUCUGUCCCAGACGUGACUCUGGUGGCUGUCGAUCGUGAUCCGGUGGCGUUUCGCUUCGCACAGCAACUCGCAGAGGAAUACCCGGGCCAGGUCAAGCCUGUUCUUGGGCGUUUCAGUGAAUUAAAGGAGCUGUUCAACAAGCUUGGUUUGGGGAACAGGAGUGUGGAUGCUGCUCUGUUAGAUGCUGGCUGCUCAUCAAUGCAGAUGGACAUGGCAGAGCGGGGCUUCUCCCUCAGCAAGGAUGGACCGCUGGACAUGAGAAUGGAUGGAGACAGGUACCCCGGCAUGCCCUGCGCGGCUGACGCCGUCAGCGCUUUAGAUCACCGGGCGCUUGCGUGUGUGCUGGCUGCGUACGGGGAGGAGCAACACGCCAAGAAAAUCGCGGCGGCCAUCGUGCAGGCACGCAGCCUGUAUCCCAUCAGCCGGACACAGCAACUGGCCAGCAUUGUCGCAGGUGCAUUCCCGGCUGGCGCCCUUUACGCCCGUCGUGACCGCCUGCAGAGACCCUCGCACGUGGCCACCAAAACCUUCCAGGCGCUGCGUAUUUUUGUGAACGAUGAGCUGAACGAGCUUGUAGCGGGACUCCAGGCGGCUCAGGACGUCCUCCGGCCGGGCGGUCGCCUCUGCGUCCUCACGUUCCACUCGCUGGAGGACCGCAUCACUAAGCGUUUUCUCAGAGGAGAGGAUCUCAGCGCCCCGCCACACCGCAGCGUCCGCCAGAGGGCACGCGCCCAUCUCCGGAGAAAACUAGAGGAAGAGGAAGACUGUGACGCGGAGGAUGAUGAAGACGAAGGAGGAGGAGGCAGGGAGAGUGUCCACUGGGUCAGACUGCAGAGGAAAGUCGUGCUUCCCAGUAAGGAGGAGGUCGAGGGGAACCCGAGGGGAAGAUCGGCUAAGCUCAGAGCAGCCGUGAGGCGAUAGGUAGAGUUUCUGAUCCUGAACUGACGAAGCGAGAGGGGCUUCCACUGAGAUUAGUAUCAGUGAUUAUAGAGCACAGAGUACAUGCCAGUCUCCUGGAUUUGUGCAGAUGCUACAAAAUUUCAGUAGAUAAAGAAUCAUAAUGUAUGUCAUGAAUUAGUGUGUGGUGUGUCCAGACAAAGUGAAAUUAUUACGUAUGCUUGUAUGAGACCUGCCAUUAUUCUGAUUGCAGUGGAGCUCAACCACACUGUAUGCUUUUAGAUCAAGGCCAUAAAAUAUCAAUAGAUUUCUUUUGUCCAGGGUUAUUUGAUGAUAUAACAUCUGAGUAUUGCUUACUUGGCUGUGCGUUUAUGCUUGGUUGCUUUUUUCUUUUGACUCAGACCCACAGUCUGCAGUACUUCACUCACUUGAAAAUUAAAAAUAACUAGAAACGAAAUACGGCAUAAUAUGUUGUGCAUCUGAGUGGACAUUUCUACUAUAAGGCAUGGACAAUAAGUGACUGCAGAUCACAGCAGCAUAUACUGUAAAGGCAUGUGUAUAAGCAUGCAAUUGUACAUUUUGCAGUGGGUUAUCCUGCACAACAUUCAGAAUGACUCAGAAUGGUGCGAAAAAAACAAAACGUCCAGUAAAAGGUCAGAGGAGAAUGGCCAGACUGGUUCAAUCUGAUACGAAUGAUACCCGAUGCAAACGUCGUGUCCUCGGCCAAAAACAGUCGCGAUAGGACAGCAUUAAUUGGUAAAAAUAUAUAUAACAGAACAUUUCCUAAAAAUGCAAUCAGAUACCUUUGUACACGUCUCCAGUUGUCUGGGGUUGCUAAGUGUUAUAUAUACCCUCAAAGCAAAAAUGUGGACAAUUGAUGACCGUUUAUGACAGAUGUUGGAAAUCAGAUUAACGUCAGGUGUCCGUUGUUGUGAGACAUCAUCAGACGUCCAAAUGUGUGCUGGGUAAGGUAACUCAAUUAAGCCCUUUUGACAACCGUGAUGAGCAGAAAAGCAUCUCAGAAUGCACGACAGAUCAAAGGCGCAUGGGCUACGAUGUAGGAAGACCACAAUGGAUUCCUAAGCCAGGGAACAUCACCAUCUGGUUGGCGAGAACGCAUAGAACCGGUAAAACUCUCUACAACUGUGCUGCAUCUCAGAAUGAGCAAAAAUAUCCAAACCUGAGGCAGAUAAGAACUACAGCCACUCUUUACCAGCCCGAAAACAGGCUAUAGCGGGCAAAGGUUCACCAAAACUGGACACUUAUCUAGACUUGUUCAAACUGACUUAUUCAACAUGAUCUAGACUUUGUUAUAAAAAAAAAAAAAAAAAAGUAAAAUAAAAACA